AUGACUGAAGAGGGCGUUAUCGAUAUUCAUUGGGAUUUGACCGUCAGGAAUCGUGAAGCUUCCUUGCAAGUCCUUUUCUCUUGUAAUCUUGUCUUUCUCUGUAAUGAUAGGAGGAAAUCUGAGUGGCCGGAUAAAAUCGAUGAUUGUACAUUUUCUGAUGCCCUUUCUAUUUUGCGCGAAAUCGAGUUGAAUGCCGACAAGGAGUUUUUGAUCAGGAAAUAUGCCUGUGAAUUACUUUCUCAAAGCACCACUCCACCUAAAUGCCAAUAUAUUAAGGUUAAAGAUCUUGUUCAGAAAGCAGUUUCAACCUACACUGAUUUACUGGGCGGUGCAUUGGUGGUGGCUGAUGAUACCAAAAUGACAACCCGAAUCAAGGGCCGCUCUCUUUUCUCAAUCAUUCGAUACACUCCUUCUCGCCUCAAGGAUGAGUAUUUUCUGCAGUUUGUUUUUUAUCAGAUAAUCUGCCUCCUCGAGUACUUCCACCGACGAGGUAUUCCGUAUUUGAAUCUGGAAACAAAUAACGUUUUUGUGGAUGAGCUCUUGCAAGUCAGCAUUGCGCCCCCUUGUUUACAGAGCUUGGACAAAUGCGCUGAAAUUGAGACUGACCAAACUGCCUCUCAGGAUGUUACUUCGCAUAUUCAAUAUUCAGACGAAUUUCAUGAUGUUCUGAGUGGAUGGAUUCUUAGAAAGGUCUCAAAUUACGACUACCUAAUGUAUAUCAAUCGUCUCGCAGGUAGGAGAGCAGGUGACGCCACAGCCAGCGCCGUGUUACCCUGGGUAACAGACUUCUCUUCUCCUCAGGAUGGGACACAGCAUCUGCGCGAUCUAACUCGCACCAAGUUUCGCCUGACAAAGGGCGAGCACCAGUUGGAUGCCACUUACCUUCACCUUGACCAAUCGGAUCCAUCGGCUCUGGCCCGGGAGGGUGGCAAAGUGGAGCCCUUUCUGCCUCACCACCUCCUUGAUAUGAUGCCAAAUCUUGCCUACUACACUUAUAAGGCCCGACAAACCUCCGUGGAGAACCUUCAGCGUUACGUCCGUCCAGUAUACCGGCCCGAAGAGUUCCCCACUAGCCUCCAGCGGCUCUACGCUACAACCCCAGAGGAGUGUAUCCCGGAGUUCUUCACUGAUCCCACCAUCUUCACUUCAAUCCACCCUGACAUGCCCGAUCUCCAAUUGCCUGAGUGGUUUUCCGGUUCCACUUCUGACUUUCUUAAUUACCACCGCAGCGUUCUGGAAUCAGAUGCAGUCUCAGCCAACCUGCAUCACUGGAUUGAUCUUACUUUUGGCUUUAAGCUCCUUGGUGAAGCGGCUGUCAGUGCGAAGAACGUGCACCUGGAAUUGGUCUCCCCCAACCCUCCAUCAAACAGUCGUGUGACUUGCCUCUUCUCUUUGCCUCAUCCGCGGCGUGCCGGCCCCGGGGACGAUUUAAUCGAGGUUUAUGAGGAGAUGUCUGAUUUUUUCGUCAAAAUAUGUGCUUGUCAUCCACCGGAAAUAGCAAAACUUCAGCAGAAGCAAUCGCGGCAGUCUUCUGUCGACGCCUUAUUGAAAAUGGACCUAGAAGACCUCGCCUGUCUUAUCACUGAGGUGGCAGUAGGCAGCACCAUUCCAGGUGUUAUUCCACAGUUAGAAGGCGUUAAAAGAUCUACUCGACUGCAACGGGCUCGUCAUCUCUUUACUACUUACAAAUCUACCAUUCCGAGUGGAUUCAGCAAACCCGUGGAACUGGUGCUUUUUGAUGCCACAUGGGGCCAGCUUCCCCUGGGACUGAUCCGCCGAUGCGUCUUCGAUGUGCCGCCGCAUAUUGUCGACAUCUAUCGGGUGCACAUUGGACUCCACGCCCGCGUGACAGCUAGACUGGAGCAGAUGCAUUUGAAGGAUGGACCGGCGCCGGGCGCUCUGUUGAAUGUGUUUUUGGCGACGGGAACGCCACCGCAGAGGUUUGAUUGUCCAGCAGGAUUACUAAAUCUCCUGACACCAAUGUUGGAGAGGGGUAUUGAGGAGGCUCUGGCCUGUGUUGCGAACGCGCUGGCUGUGGAGAAGUAUCUCCUACCACUGGUUCAACGUCUCCUUGCACUUAACAGUCGACUAUGCUCAAGGCGCUUCAUCCGCAACCUUUUCCUCUCCACCCGAUUGCUUCCUUUCCUCUCCACCGUGCCGACUCUCCUUGCCAACAGUCUCCUUUCAUCCACACCUCAACCAUCUUCAUUACCUCCAGCCACCGUCAACAGCGAACGCUCAACCACCACCAUCACCACUGUAGUCGACGACGCCUUCUGCAGAGCCUUCCUCCUCACCCCCGACACAAGGCACGCGGAAGACGUCAGCAGAAGUGGCAGUGUUCCAUUGGCAGCAGCAAUCCAAGACAGCUUACACUGGUUGGCCACCAGCCUUGGACCCUUGGCCACCGCGGCACACCUCGUGCCGCCCCUACUGGCCGCGUUGACCUGCUGCUACUGGGGUGAGGAGAAUCUGACCCCGAUUGUGGUCGAGGGGAGGGCCACACGACUAAACUAUCGCAUCCCCAAGAGCCCAUUGCCCAUGCCGGUGUACACCUCGGGGAGGGUGCUAAGGGGGGACACACAGGCUCCGGGAGUUCUUAGGUGCUUGGAGCGACUAGCGUGUCUCUACGGGGUGGAGGUCAUCACUGGUCUCUACCUCCCCGCGGUGAAGGCGUCAGUAGCCACAGGGGUCUCCACCCUUCGAAACGGGGGUGAUAACAUCAGUGGUAGCAGCGCCGCCUCAGUACCCUUAUGGGACGUUGAUUGUGAGGCCCGUCUCAUAUCCUCCCUCGUCUUUCUCCACCAGUUUGCCACCUACCUCCCGGCUCCCCAGCUCAUGGACCACCUACAAGAGCCAAUCAUCUCCGUCUGCCUAACCGGCGCCCUGACCUUGGUUGGCCGCUUGGAUGCCAGCUUCCCCAGCGGAUCGCGUGGCCGACUGGCGCUGCUGUGCAAGAGCCUUGACUGUAUCUAUGUGCUGGGUGUCAGACUAGGCUUUGAGAUGGUGCGCAGGCAGAUGACGGAGCUGAUACAGCUCCUCUUCUCCCUAUUUGAUAGAUCCUUCGGUGUGGCCGAGAAAAGCGGCUGCGCUGACAUUGGACGGGGCGGAGAUGCGAAAGCUGUUGAGUUUUUUGCCAUUUGCGAGUCAGAUGAGGAAACUCGAGAACCGGACUCGCAACAACAACAGCAACAAGUGGCUCCACUCUUCGUGGUAAAGUUGGACCGCCAUACCUCCUCACUGACCGUCGCCAAAGAGGAGCAAAGAGAGGAUCCCUCUCUCCCCUCGGACUCACCACUUGAACCCGCUCUCUCCCCUCUUUCUCCUAUCACCGCUGCUGCGGAUGCUGCUCCCGUGUCAAUAGGAUAUCCGGCUAGUCAGCCGACUUCAAGCCAGAGAAGGCCUGCAGUUCUCACGGAGCUGCAAGCAACCUUCACUCCCGAAAUGGCCUACAUGGCAUACAUUCCCCUUUGCCGUCUUGCAGCUGGUCGUAAGUCCAUUUUUAAACUCGCUCUAGGCGGCAGCCACAUUGAAUCCAGUCUCUACAACAUCGAUCUCAUUCACAGCCUUGUGAGACAGUAUGAGGCAUUUUUAAAUGGGGGUGACAACGAUACUGUCGAUUCAACUGGCCCGUCCAAAGUUGCUAUCAACACGGAGUACGAGGCCAAACUGGCGGCCAGUUCCUCCGUGAGCAAGUCAGCAGCCACGCACCUUCAUGGCGAGUGGGUGGAGUAUUUCCGGGUCAAGGUUGAAUCCUCUCCGUCGCUCCCAAUGUCAUCUUCGCUGUGCGGACACCAGCGGCCCUUGAAACUCCUGGGAAAACAUUUGGUCUCAUUUUCGGGUCACAGCGGAGCGGUGCGGAGUAUAACGCCAUUGGCAAACGAAAGUAGUUUUAUCACCACAAGCAAUGAUCGCAGUGUCCACCUCUACUCCCUAACAUCGGCACGGAAAUCAACUGCCUGUGCAGGCUCAGGGUGGCCAGUAGGAACAGUGCGGGCAUGUCACACCUCGCGCCGCUCUACCUCCGAGAGCGGUGGAAUUUUGGAUCGUCUUCCAGUGUUGCAGCCGCCGCCAACAACGGUAGCAGCACCGCCAACACAGCCAGCACCGGUUGUUCCGAGCCUCGCCUUCACCGGUCACCGACGCGCCGUUUUUGCCUCCGCCUACCUUCACUUUGAGCGCCUUGUUGCAUCUCUCGAUCCCUCGCUCCUGCUCCUUUGGGAUCCGGUCACUGGAAAGAAGGUCUCUGCGUUCGCACCUUCGGACAGUUGGUCGGAGGGCGGCGGUUACAGCGCGUGGGGUUGCGUGUUGCGUGGUUCUUCGGCUCUGCCCGCCAGUCUGUCGGCGCUGAGCUCCACGCCAUCGUUUCGCAGCACCCUCCUUGCCGGUGAUGAGGGCGGCUGUCUCCUUCUCAUUGAUCCGCGUGCCAGUGGUGGCGUCUCCGUAGUACUCCGCCUCUCUGCUGCCGUUGCCGUCACCGACGCUGCUGCCACUGCAAACUCUACCGGUGCUGCUGCUGAAAACUCUCCUUCGCCUCCUCUCGGAAUCUCCGAAGCUCCCCUUAUCCAUUGUGACCUUGACAACUUGAGAGAUAGGUGUGUAUUGAACGCGCCAGGAGCGCUGCGCUGCGUAGCCUCGAGGCCGGAGGAGAACAACAGCGUCCUCUGUGGAUUUGCGUCCGGCUUUGUCUCUCACGUGGAUAUUCGGACCGGUGGAGUGGUGGCUACGUGGCGCGCACACUCUGAUGCCGUCUCUCAGAUCUUCUGCCAUUCCUCGGGUUGGUGCUCAACCACCUCCUCCGAUCGCACCAUCGCUUUCUGGCGAUUGGAGGAAGGAAGUACCUCCCUCACCUGUCACCGUGUUGCCCAGCGCUUUACCUCAAUGGGUGGUAUCGGUGGUGGUGGAGGUGGGAUCGUUUCCUGCGCCUCUCAACUCCUCUCUGACUCCCUCCUCAUCGCGGGACCUCCUGCGUCCUCUUCCAUCGCAGCCGACUCGAGCCCCAUUCUCCUACCUCCCACCUGCUUCCUCGGAUGCUGUGACAACGUCCCUCUAGCAGCGAUGAUGACCGCACAGGGUGAUACCAUCUUUCGACCAAUGGGCAGUGUAUUACUGCGUGCGGGGCAGCUCUCUUCUAUGGUAGCACUGCCUCUGGCAGACGCGGUCCUCACUGGCACAACUUCUGGCCUUCUCAACCUCUUCUAUUAA